CUCGUUUGCAUCGCCUUCCUCUCAGUCAGUCGUCACUCGUCAGCACACCUAAAGGGAAAGACGGGGAGUGACGUAAACACGACCGGUUGAUAGGCACGGUUUCAACUCCGCCGCCGGUGACAUAAGCAAAAAGAUAUCUCAGAAUCUACCGUUGCCCUUUUCAGAAAGAUCCUCACUUUCUGUGGGUUUUCACCUUCCACUGCAAUCAAUCUUCGAGCCCUUCUCUUUUACUCUCUUCCAGGAUGUUAAUGAUGGGAAAAUUAGGAACCAUGAUCCACACCGGUAGAUUCCUUCUCCGCCGCUUCUCAGAACCUCCACCAACGGUGGCUAUGGCUGUGACCCCAAGUCGCGUCUCCUUCCACCGUUACUACUCGUCAAAGCUCACCUCUCUCGUGUCUCCACGUGUCUCCCCAUUUUCCUCUUUAUUCAGACUUUCAGCAUUAAGUAGCUCAUCUUCAGCAACACCUAAUACAAGAGUUCAAGUCGACUCCCCAGAGCAUGAAGUCGUGAUCGCCUUGGGAAGCAACAUCGGAAACAGGAUGAACAACUUCAGAGAAGCUUUACAAUUAAUGAAACGUUACGGCAUUCACCUAACAAGACACAGCUGCUUAUACGAAACAGCUCCUGUUCACGUCACUGACCAACCAAGGUUCCUCAACGCCGCAGUGAGAGGCGUCACCAAGCUCCCACCUCACGAGCUUCUCACCGUUCUCAAAACCAUCGAGAGAGACAUGGGACGUACGGAUGGUAUACGCUACGGACCAAGACCGCUCGACUUGGACAUAUUAUUCUACGGGAAGAUGAGAAUAGCUUCUGAUAAGCUCAUCAUACCGCACGAGAGGCUCUGGGAGAGGUCCUUUGUGUUAGCACCUUUGGUUGAUUUGCUAGGAACAGCUGUUGAUAAUGACACGGUCGCUCACUGGCACUCGCUUGCCUUGCAUCCAGGUGGAAUUCACCAAGCGUGGGAAAGACUAGGUGGAGAAUCAUUAGUUGGAGAGGACGGUAUACAAAGAGUGUUACCAAUAGGAGAUGAGCUCUGGGAUUUUACUAGCAGAACUCAUGUGAUGGGUAUACUUAAUCUCACUCCUGACAGCUUCAGCGACGGUGGACAGUUUCAGUCGUUGGAUUCUGCAGUUUCUCGCGUUCGAGAAAUGAUCUCUGAAGGGGCUGAUAUAAUCGAUAUCGGCGCGCAGUCUACACGGCCAAUGGCCACUAGAAUUUCUAGUCAAGAAGAGUUGGAGAGACUACUACCGGUAUUGGAAGCUGUUCGCAGUAUGCCAGAGAUGGAGGGGAAGCUCAUAUCAGUGGAUACUUUCAACUCCGAGGUUGCUUCAGAAGCUAUAAGCAAGGGAGCUGACAUACUGAACGAUGUAUCUGCCGGAGCCUUAGACUCGAAUAUGCAUAAGGUUGUUGCGGAGUCCGGGGUUCCUUAUAUGGCCAUGCACAUGAGAGGAGAUCCAUGUACAAUGCAGAACGAAGAGAAUCUGCAGUACGGUGAUGUAUGCAAGGACGUUGCUUCUGAGCUCUACACGCGAGUAAGGGAUGCAGAGAUCUCAGGGAUUCCGGCUUGGAGGGUUAUGAUCGAUCCAGGGAUCGGGUUUUCAAAGAGAGUAGAACAUAACUUAGAUGUUAUAACGGAUCUUCCGAAAAUACGGGAAGAGAUGGCUAAGAGAAGCAUAGGAGUGUCUCAUGCUCCUAUACUUAUAGGACCUUCGAGGAAGAGAUUCUUGGGAGACAUUUGUGGGCGACCUGAGGCUGUUGACAGAGAUGCUGCAACUGUUGCUUCUGUUACUGCUGGUGUUUUAGGAGGUGCUAAUAUCAUUAGAGUUCAUAAUGUUAAAGAUAAUGUAGAUGCUGCAAAAGUAUGUGACGCAAUGCUGAUAAGAAGAGGAAGGUCAAAAGGAUGAUUAGAGGAUAUGAUUAUAACUUGUGUCAAUUUGCUCAAUGACCAAGUUUCAAUGUUUCGUUAAGAAUUUAGCUAUACUAAUCUUGUAUUUUAGGUUAAUAGCUAAAAACACUGUUUUCCAUUUUUCUUAUCCUUCCAGCAAUAAAGAGUGUUAUAUUGUUUGCCUAAUCUUCA